AUGAUCCGGCUUGCGACCACUGUCGGUGGAAAAAAAUUCGAUGUGACCGGGCGCGGCCGCGUUGCGGAGCCUGCCGGCGAGCGUGUGUCGCCUGCGAAUACACCUCCAGAGACCGAAAAGUCUUUGCCCCUGCUAGAGAGUUCCGUGGAACGCUUGACGCAGAUAAUCGAGCACCGGCUGGUCAACGAGCCACGCUGCCACCAGCCAGACCGACCAAUGCCCCGUCGUACGUCGACGCCCCCCUUGGUAGAAAACGAUCCCCAAGGUCGCGUUCUCUUCACACUUGAAGAUGGUCAGCGGUUUCUCUACGGACAUUACUCAAAUAUGGCCAAUUGUUUGGGGAUUCUACAAAUAUUGAGGUCCAGGCGACAUGACCAGAACGGUAAUUUUGACCCCCUGUUGAAGCAGGUAUCGGAGUUGUGCAACCUGCUUGGGCCCCAAUUAUUCAAGGUCUCGUCCUCCGCGGAACCGACCCGACUCCUGCAGCUGUCACAGCAGGCCGUGAUGCAAGCAACCGACUGGUACCUUACCCAGGGAAGCUAUAUACAGCACCUGUUUCACCCCAGUAUCCUGCGUUCCCGUAUCCAAAUGUAUUAUCUUGGUACCCUGGGGGUGUCUGGAAGUGGUAUGGAACUGUGCCUGCAGUACCUCAUGCUACAAAGCAACACGCAAAGUAAGGAUAAUGGCUCCGACAGCCGUGAUCACGGCCUAGCGCAGGCAAAUUGCAACGAUUUCUGUGCCACCGCCAGGGCGUCGUUGGUGCAGGGUCAGCUGCAAGCAACCACGCUCGUCAAUGUUCAAGCUUUGGCAUGCAUUGCAAUCAUCGCUUUACAGGCAGAAGACCUUCUACUGGCCGAUGAAGCCUUUCAUGGAUGUUGUGCCAUGGCGCAAAGAAUGGGUUUGCACCGAGAGCGCCAGUCAAGCGAUGAGCAUGUUGAAGAAGCCGAGGAACGGAGAUUGCUUUUCUGGACCACCUUCAUUCUGGACAAAGCCAUCGCUUUUAAUCUUGGCCGGGCUUACAUGCUUCCGAGCUUUGAUUGCAGCACCCCAACCCCAGAUAUGUCGCUCCACAGUGUCCCUGUGGAAGGGCUAUCGGCGAGGAUUGGCCUGGCGCUAAUUCAAGAACGCGCGUAUCAGAUCCUGUUAGCCUCGGGGAACACCCACAAUAAUCGGACUCGUCAGGAAGCCAUUACUGACGUGGUAGACCGAUUAGAAUGCUGGAAAGAAACCCAUUUUUCCUCGUCCGAAUUUUCUGGUAACAUCGUCCCGGGGGCAUGGGACACUAUGACCCAGCGGGCGCUAUUAUAUGAAUACUACACAACACGUGCCGUCGUUCUCGCCCACAGCAUGUUUCCCGAUGCGCCCAAUGAAGUCCUGGCCAGCUCGCGAAAUGCCCUGUCCCAACUGUGCCCUCCCUCGCCCGCGGGCAGAACACUAUUCUCCGAUGCUCGGCGCAGUUGGCCGAAGGGAAGUUAUAGUCUAUUUCCUUUCUUUAUCAUCACCAAGCACAUCCUGCUGGCGGCACAAGAUGCGCCGGACCGCAGGGACUGGAUCAGGUUUCUCUACGACACCAUCUCCUGCUGGGAAUCCAGUCACAGCCUUCGCCUUAGUAUCGCACUAAUAAAACUCGUUUUGCCCCCGUCCGAUCUGAUUGGGUAUCACAGGGAUCAGCUCUCAGGUGAAAAUGUGUUCUGGAACGGUGCUGGGAAGUCACCCCGAUUGGACUCUGGACAACAUUGGGCUUCUUCACUACCGUUGUCCUGUGUCGGACAAGAGCAGAGGGACCAGGACCAGUCAGUCAUGAAUCUAUCCCUCGACACCAUUCUGUCUGUGACAGGUGCUCCGUUAUGUCCCGAAGUCAUGGGUCAGGCUGGUGGCGACCCUUUCUCAUUCGUUGGCGUUGUGAGCUAUCCUGAGUCUAUCGAUUCCAACCUGGAUGAGAUAGACUCAUGUUUAGUGGCGUCCUCCCCACAUGAUACAUUGCGGCUACCGGGACUGACACGGUGA